GCUGGUCGGUACCUUCUUUCGCUCUGGCUCUGAGGCUGAGAGCUUUCGCGGAAUCCGGCGCUUGGGGCGCUGUGUGGUCCAAGCUGUCGCGGUGACUUGGCCCUGGAACCCGACUAGGCCACCGUACCCGUCAGACGCCCCAGUUCUGAGUCGUCCAACGCGUCUCGCUCCGUUCUUGCGGUCUGCUCGGCCCUGGCGGUAGCGGUUGCUCUCUUGUCUCCCAGCCGCAAUGAGGAUUCGCGAGACGCUAUUUGAUCCUCAGCGUGCUUACCGGUGUCUCGCUCUGCUACCUUUGGAGUCUUUCACUAGAUGUCUCCACCACCCACCGGCACCUGCUGACCUACACUCCAGGGAGGCGUUCGGUCUUAAUUCCUCCUUUGCCCUUGUGCUAUCUUCUGGGCCUCCACAGAUUGAACAAUCUGAUAUACUUCAGGCACCAGUAUACCUGGUUGCUUUAUGAUCCUUUUUAUACAGACUCUGUAAAUACUUUUUCUAACCACCCAGUUUGAAUUUUCACCUGAACCUAGUUGACAUGGCCGUGACCUCCUCUCCUGGACUAGAGAAUCCCUGUUCACUUCGACCCAGUGCAAGUGUCUCUUUUCCUGUGAAACUUCUCUGACCCAUUCAGUCAUUGUUGCUUACUUUCCCCACUUGUGCCCUCACACAAUCAAGUACAUAGCUCUUAUAUAAUUCUUGAUCCACAUUUGUCUUCCGUACUAGACCAAAUUCCUUAAUGGCUCAGGAAUAUUUUCUUUUAUCCAUGCACUCCCAGUUCCUGGCAUGUAGUGCAUGUUCAACAAAUUAUUAAGUGACCGAAUGUAACUACUCUCACCUCCCUGUCUUCACUAACUGGAAGAGCCCUCUUUCGAGUCUCAAUCAGUGUUCGAAAUCCCAUUCUUUCAAUUACUCUCUGUGUGUAUUUAUUUUCCCUGCCCCAUUCCUGUCAGCUAAAAUAUAUUUUAGCUAAAUAUCCUAAAUUCUCCCUGACUGUCUUCUACCUGCUACCCUGGCUUUUUCCUUUACAGCCAAGCUCCCCAAAAGCGAAGUCUACAAAUUCUGUCCAUUUGUUCAUUUCCCAUUCAUUGUUUAAUCCACUGCAAUCUAGCCCUCAGCUACACUACUUCAAUGAAAUUGCUCUUUUUCGAAGCAUCAAUUAAACAAAUACCAGUUGAAUGGACUCUUCCUAUUCCUCAUACCACUUCUCUCUGUUGUACUUUACCUCUUUCACUUCUUUAUAGAAAUUCUUGCCUUCUUCCUGUCUCUCUGGCCACUUCACAGCCUUUUCAGGUUCUUCUAAUUUUAUGCAACGUUCAAGUGAUAUUUUUCACCCUCCGGUUCUUGCUCUUUAUCUUUUCACAAUACACAGUCUUCUUGGGUGAAUUUAUUUUGGGUGGCUUCAAUUCACAAUGUUAUUGCUGAGCUCCACACUCAUGUGUUUACUUAAUUUCUGAUUAUUGUUCCUUGGACAUUCUACAUGCAAACUAGGUAAACAUACUCAAAGACUUCAAUUUUCCUUUCUCACUGGUGCCUUCUCCUUUAUACUGUAUCUUGGUGAGUGGUGCUCAUGUCCACUUUGAUAGUGAUGUCAUGGACACCUGAAAAUUGUUCCCGAGCCUUCUUUUCCUCUAAUACACUGUCACCAUAUCCGUUUGUUCUCUAUCUCAGAUCUGCUUCCUCCUUUCAAGCCCCCAUGACACUGCCUUCAUUAAGACCCUCAUCAUGUCUCUUAUCCUGAGUUCAGCAUCCUCCUGUGGCACCCUGCCUGCAUUCUAACCCUCCUCCAGUCCCUUCAUCCUUCACACCUCUGCCAGGUUAAUCUUCCCAAAACAUAACUUUCAUCCUUUCACUUACUUGAUCAAAAAGUUGGAUAGCUCCCUAUUACCUACAGAAAGGCCUAUGUGCCUUUCCAAACCAACCUCAGCUUUUCCUCUUAUACCAGCUUUCUACUGUAGCCAAACUUGCUACAUCCAUUCUACCUUUUUGCCUGUGCUGGUGCCAUUUCUCAUGCCUGUACUGCUCAUCUUAUUCCUGAACAGAUACCCUGAAUCUCCCUCAACGUUUAGGGCCCACCUUAUAUUCUGCUUCUUCCCAGAACACUCCAGUCCAGAGUGAUAAUAGCCAAAUACACCUUGCAAUCUUACAAAUUGCUUCUGCCUGAGAGGUCAACACUACCAGCUCCAUUUUAUGAAUGAGAAUGAAAGAAUUGAGGCACAGAAGUUUGAAUGACUUACCGGUGGCUACAGAGCUGCCAAGAUACAGAGCCUGGACCUACCUAGCCUUUAGUCUUCUCUUUCCAGAUCUGUUUUUACCUCAGUGACCACUCCCUCUCUGACCUCACAGCAUUAUGGUCUUCAUCACUCCUUCAGUCCUCAAUCACAUACUACCUGUGGCCAGCAGAAACAGGGGUCUUGAGAGUCGGGGGCAAGGUCUAAGAAGAGAUCACCCUGUAUUUGACAUUGAAGUUGGCCAGAAAGUGCACAAGGGAUGAACCGAGCUACCUGGAAACUACCCUUGGGAACAUGGUCUGUGAAUGGAGAGCUCAUCUCCUGUCCUGGGUGUAAGCAAGUGGACCUCACCAGGGAUGUAACUGAGCAUUUUUUUCUGCAGUGCUUUUCUGCUGGGCAAUCCAAGAUGGCCAGGAACUGCUCCGAGUGCAAGGAGAAGAGGGCAGCACACAUCCUCUGCACCUACUGCAACCGCUGGCUGUGCAGCUCCUGCACGGAGGAGCACCGGCACGGCCCAGCCCCCGGGGGCCCUGUCUUUCCCCGGGCCCAGAAGGGCCCGCCAGGAGUGACUGGUGGUUCUGGGGACUUCGCCUUGUACUGUCCUCUACACACACAAGAAGUGCUCAAGCUAUUCUGUGAGACUUGUGAUGUUCUAACAUGCCAUAGCUGCCUCAUGGUGGAACACAAAGAACAUAGGUGUAGACAUCUUGAAGAAGUUUUGCAAAACCAGAGGAUGCUUCUGGAAAGUGUGACUACACAGGUGGCUCAUAAGAAAUCUAAUCUACAGACCUCUGCAAAGCAAAUUGAGGACAGGAUUUUUGAAGUGAAGCAUCAACACAGGAAGGUGGAAAACCAGAUCAAAAUGGCCAAGAUGGUUCUGAUGAAUGAGCUGAACAAACAGGCCAAUGGGCUCAUAGAGGAGUUGGAGGGCAUUACUAAUGAGAGAAAGCGGAAGCUGGAGCAACAGCUACAGAGCAUCAUGGUUCUCAACCGCCAGUUUGAACAUGUGCAGAAUUUCAUCAAUUGGGCUGUCUGCAGCAAAACCAGUGUCCCUUUCCUGUUCAGCAAAGAGCUGAUUGUGUUUCAGAUGCAGCGAUUGCUGGAGACAAACUGUAACACAGAUCCUGGCUCCCCUUGGAGUAUCAGAUUCACCUGGGAGCCUAACUUCUGGACCAAGCAACUGGCUUCCCUUGGCUGUAUAACUACUGAAGGUGGACAGCUGUCCCGGGCAGAGACUCCUGCUUAUGGAGGCUUACAGGGACCACCAUCCUUUUAUCAAAGCCAUCAGUCCCCAGUGGCACAGCAAGAGACUCUCAGCCACCCCUCACAUAAGUUCCAGUCUCCAGCACUGUGUUCCUCAUCUGUGUGCUGCUCCCACUGCUCCCCAGUCUCGCCCUCCCUCAAAGGUCAGGUCCCCCCACCCGGCAUACACUCAGCUCACAGCUUCAGGCAACCCUCUGAGAUGGCACCUCAACAACUGGGGUCUCUGCAGUGCCCUGCCCUGCUGCCCAGGGAGAAAGAGCUGGCUUGUAAUCCUCAGCCACCAAAACUGAUGCAGCCCUGGCUGGAAACGCAGCCCCCCGUGGAGCAGGAGAACUCAUCUCAGCGGCCGGGGCAGCAGCUGACUUCCCAGCCAGUGUGCAUCGUGCCCCCGCAGGAUGUUCAGCAAGGAGCCCAUGCCCAGCCCCCCUUACAGACCCCCUCCAUCCAAGUCCAGUUUGGCCACCACCAGAAGCUGAAGCUCAGCCACUUUCAGCAGCAGCCACAGCAGCAGCUGCCACCUCUGCCGCCUCCGCCGCCCCCACCCCAGCAGCCGCCGCCGCCACCUCUACCUCCAUCCCAGCACCUGGCUUCUAGUCAGCAUGGAAGCCCGCCUGGGCCUGCCUGCUCCCAGAACAUGGAUAUAAUGCACCACAAAUUUGAGCUGGAGGAGAUGCAGAAGGACCUGGAGCUUCUCCUUCAGGCUCAGCAGCCCAGCCUGCAGCUGAAUCAGACCAAAUCUCCUCAGCACCUUCAGCAAACCAUUGUGGGGCAGAUCAACUACAUUGUGAGGCAGCCAGCACCCAUCCAGUCCCAGAGCCAGGAGGAUGCCGUGCAGGCUUCAGAUGAGCCCCCAGCAUCUGAAGGUCCAAAGCCGUCUCUCCCUCUUGACAAGAAUACUGCUGCUAACUUGCCCCAGGCGUCUGGGGAAGAAACCCCUCCCAGUGUCCCCCCACUGGACAACACCAUCCGGCACUCCUCUCCAAAUGUGGUGAGAAAGCACUCCACUUCAGUGAGCAUCAUGGGCUUUUCCAACACACUGGAGAUGGAGCUGUCAUCUACCAGGCUGGCAAGGACCCUAGAGCCACAGAUCCAGAGCGUGAGCAGCCUGCCUGCCGCCCCUUCCCACAUGGUACCAAGCCUGCUGAGCAGCACCCCCACAACUGUGUCCAGCCUGAUGAGCAGUCAAAACCAGGCUAUGCCCAGCCUGACAGUGGGUCAUCUGCCGACCAUACCCAGCCUUGUGCGCGGCACACCCCAGUCCGUGCCCAGCCUGAUGAGUGAUUCCUCCCAGGCCAUCACAAACCUAGCAAGUGAUCAGUCACAGGCCAGGCCCAACCUGAUGUCUGGUCCCACCCAGGCUAUGCCAAGUCUGGCGACUUGCCCUCUGCAGAGCAUGCCUCCAGCUUCUGACGUGCAACCAGAAACUGGAUCCAGCUGCAGUCCUGGCUCUGGGCGAGCUGUAGGGAGCCUGUGCCCUGGAGAUGGGGCUGACCCCUCUCUCGGGAAUGCCCUGUGUAAGAUGGAAAGUGAGGAUUCUACCCGCUUCACUGACUCUCUGAGACAAGACUCCACAACCCCUGGUCUGGAUGCUUCCAAGGACUUGGCUAUCCCUUCAGAACUAGAGGAGCCAAUUAACCUCUCUGUGAAGAAACCCCCACUGGUCCCAGUAAUCAACACGUCCAUGGCUCUGCAACAGUACCGGAACCCAAAAGAGUAUGAGAAUUUUAAACAAGGAGCCCUGGAAUUGGAUGCAAAAGGGAACCAGAGUAUCAGGCCCUUCAACAGCGAGCCAAAGAUUCCCUAUGUGCGACUGGAGCGGCUCAAGAUCUGUGCUGCCUCCGCGGGAGAGAUGCCUGUGUUCAAGUUGAAGCCCCAGAAGAAUGAGCAGGAUGGGAGCUUCCUGCUGAUCAUUGAAUGUGGCACUGAGUCCUCCAGCAUGUCUAUUAAGGUCAGCCAGAACAACAUGCCUGAUGCUAUCCAGGCCCCAAGUCUGGGGGGAAGAAAGGUCACUGUCACUUCUCCGGCGGGGCAGCAGCCACCAGAGGGGGAGGGUGCAUCUCCUGAAGAACAAAGACUCAUUCCUCGGACCCCUGGAGCCAAGAAGGGGCCCCCGGUACCAAUAGAGAAUGAGGACUUCUGUGCUGUGUGCCUCAAUGGGGGAGAGUUGCUGUGCUGCGAUCGCUGCCCCAAAGUGUUCCACCUUUCCUGCCACUUGCCGGCCCUGCUCAGCUUCCCCGGGGGAGACUGGGUAUGUACCUUGUGCCGCAGCCUGACCCAGCCCGAGAUGGAGUACGACUGUGAGAAUGCCCGCUAUAAUCAGCCUGGAAUGCGGGCCACUCCUGGCCUGAGCAUCUAUGACCAGAAGAAGUGUGAAAAGCUGGUACUGUCCUUGUGCUGCCAUAGCCUCAGCCUGCCCUUCCAUGAACCUGUCAGCCCGCUGGCUCGGCAUUACUACCAGAUUAUCAAGAGGCCCAUGGACCUGUCAAUCAUUCGGAGGAAGCUGCAAAAGAAGGACCCAGCUCACUACACCACCCCAGAGGAGGUGGUGUCAGACGUCCGCCUCAUGUUCUGGAACUGUGCGAAGUUCAAUUAUCCCGACUCAGAGGUUGCAGAGGCCGGCCGCUGUCUGGAAGUGUUCUUUGAGGGCUGGUUGAAGGAGAUCUACCCGGAGAAACGGUUUGCCCAGCCAAGGCAGGAGGACUCAGACUCCGAGGAGGUGUCAAGCGAGAGUGGGUAUUCCACUCCGCAGGGUUUCCCAUGGCCCCCCUACGUGCAGGAGGGCAUCCAACCCAAGAGGCGGCGGCGACAUAUGGAGAAUGAAAGAGCAAAAAGAAUGUCGUUCCGCCUGGCCAGCAGCAUCUCCCAGGUGUGAGAGCUGGCGGUACAGCGAGCACUCUGGCAGCUGGCGCCCCAUCCUGUUGACCACUCCUCCCCACCUUUCAACUCAUUCUCUUCAGAUCGUGGAUGUGAGACAAGUCUUGUCGAGCUGUGUAGUGCUCUUUGCCGUUUGCAUCUUACAACAUUCAUUUGGGAGCCAUAGUGCAUCCACUACAGAGAAGACUUCAGUAAUAAACAGCAAAGAGGGAGGUGUUCCCUAUUACCAGAAAAAUCAGAUGUGUGGGGUCCACUUGACAAGACCAAGUCUGGUCAGGCUUGGGAGGACUUAACUUCCUUGGGGACUGCUCUCUGCUAAGGAGAGCAGACUUUUCUGACCUUUCAGUGUGCAGGGCUCAGGAGCAAUGUAUCUAUCUGAAAUCCUCCUGGGUCCAGAAGAGGGUAAAAGAAGGGAGAGAGGUUCUGACAUAUGGCAGGCCUGUGAUCCCUGGCCCAGCACAGCCAAAGACUGUCACUGUUUGCCUUUGCUUGGCCUGCCAGGACAGGAAGCUGCCCUGGGCAGGGUGAUGGAGGCUUCCAGAGGCCAUAGGUCUCAAUUGGUGCCUAUUCGGGUUCUAACGGUUUUCAGGGUAUUUGUUUCUCAUGCUCCCUGUCCCGAUGUUGACUUAGGUGGCCGCUAUGAAAGUGCUCUAGGUGGUAUGUAUGGCAUUCUUGACGGGGCCAGGUGGCUGUGCAGGGACCACUGACAGCUUCAGGCUCAGACAUGCAGGCUUAAGGAGAUGUCAACUUCAGAGCCUGUCCUCUGUGCCACUUACUUUGGGUUAAUAACUCUUCUUUAGUGUCAGAACCUGCCUUCCUAGGAGUGAUUGUCAGUGGCCAUCCCUUCAUUGUCUCCAUUCAGAGAUCUGGAGCCCAAGUUCUGCUUGGGUAAACCUGAGAGUUGGGUUGGGCAAGGGGAGUGACCCAGAACUGGCUCGCUGUGCUAGGCUUCUCCUCUGUCGUAGAGAUCCCAGUUCUCAGCCUUUCCAUGUUCUCAGAGCCAAAGAUCAGAAGUGAGUUCUCUGACUCGCUCACCCCCAGGCUGUCUGCAGCCCCCAAAAAAGUCAGGACUCUACUGGCAGCCCUUUUCUGUUGGAGGUUGGAGAAGGCCAAAGGGACUGCCAGGAGCAUGAUGUAAUCAUUCAUAGGGGAACUUCUGUCUAGGGUAGAGAAGAGGAAACUGACAGGUGAGAAGCCAGUGUCCUUCAGUGACUUUGAAGCAACUUCAGGACAUCACUUCUCCAAGAAUGCAGAAGGAAAUGUUCUGGAAGCCAUGGGAACAGGAAUUCCAGACUCUAUCUCGGAUGGAGAUGGAUCUUCAUGGUCCGUGUGGGGUGUUUGGGGAAGGCUGCAUAGGCAGAUGCUGGGGGUCAAGCUACUUCCUCAGCCAGGACUUGGUUGAGAAGGACCCUAUUGCUGAUGGUGUUGGGGGAGCUGCAGACCUGGUGCUUCAGUGGGCUGGCCCAGAGACAUCACUUUGUCGUGGCUUGGCUUUAUUUUUGCUAAAAGAUGAAAUUUAAGGAAGCUGUUGUUUGUAGGGCCUUUGUUAAGGGGAACAUUCUGCUCAGAGAAAGCUCUGCUUUCCUUGUCAGUCGGUGGUGCUGCUCAUUUCCUUUGCCACCCAGGCUGAGAGGCCAUCCUCCGCCGGCCAUUCUUUCACCAGCACCUGCCAGGCUCUCCUGUGCAGACAGGCUUCCAUAAUCCCGUUUCCCAGUUUGGGGUAACUAAGUCUUUCGUGCUUCACUAGCCAGGCAAUCUUUAGACCUAGCCCUCUGUUCUUUGGGGCUCACAUGACUCUCUGGCUUGGGCUCUGGCCACUUUCCUUUCAAUGUUUAAAUCGUUUUCUCUGUUUAGUUGACUUGGCGAGGUUCCCUCUGUAAUUACCUCAUGAAUUCAUGCUCUAGGUCAUCUUUCCUGUGUUGUGGCCCCCAUUUCCACCUUCCCUGAGUGAGAAUCAUGGUGCUUUGUGUCAGAUAGCCAGGUGAGGGCUGUGACAGUCUCAAACCUGACUGAGAUCCUUCCACAGGACCAACCGGAGACUACAAAUAUAAAGCAGAAAUGUGGGGCUAAAUGCUUAGCUCCCCUUUUAUUCGUGAAGCUCUUAGCUGGGUAUAGCCUGCUGGACCAGGGGAUCGUAGUAACGUAGUCGAGAGUCACAUAUUCCUUUCCCACCGCAGAGACCCUGCAUGCUGAGAGGCCCACUUUCGGCACCUGAGCAGAUGUAGGGUAUCCUCCCUGCAAGGGUGCAAGGCCAUGGCCCGCCACACCACCCCUGCACUGCUUACCCCACACCACUGCCCUCCCCCAGGCUUUUCCUGUGUACUUAGCACCAAUGUUUUGUGUCAUGGUUUUUGUUUUGUUUCGUUUUGCAUGCAGAAAACAGAACAUGACUUUUUAUAAAUUAAAGAAAAAAAAGCUGCUAGCUGA